UGAGGUGAAGCUCAGCAUGGCGUCUUUUCUGUCCGAUCGCAUCGUGGACGAGAUCCUGGAGUCUCUGUCCAGAUCACAGCAUACUCUGGCCGAUCACCUGAUCAGGAAGAGUCAGCCUAUGCUGCGUCCCGAGCCGCAGAUGGAGACGGAGGUCUUGGAUGAGACGGUCCUGCAGCCGGAGAAACUGGGACAGGAGCAGAAACAAAACCAGGAUCCAGAGCAGAGACGCGGACUAGAGGACAUGGACACCUGCAUUAUGACGCCUAAAUCCAAGAGGAAGAGUAUUCUGGUGCGGAUGCUGCGUCCCGUCUCCGUGGCGUUUGAGAUGGAGUUUGACCUGGACAAGGCUCUGGAGGAGGUUCCCAUCCAUGUGGAGGACCCUCCUCUUCCUCCUCCUCAGCCGGCGGACAGGAAGUCGGCGUACGGCGGAGACCUCCCCCCUCCCCCGACUCCUCUGGACACAAAGUCCGUCUGCCUGAGCGAGCUGCCGCCUGUGGAGCUCAAGAUGCUGGAGCAUCACACCAAACUCCGCCCCAAACCCAAGAAGAGGACCAAACCCAGCCGACCGGUCGGUUUUUAGGAAUCCCCAAAUCAU